AUGAACGAGACUAUAGGCAGCAACAGGACAGUUCUGGGUACAAAUAAAGCCAAAGUUCUGGGUACAAAUAAAGCCAAAGUUCUGGUUACAAAUAAAGCCAAAGUUCUGGGUGCAAAUAAAGUCAAAGUUCUGGGUACAUAUAAAGCCAAAGUUCUGGGUGCAAAUAAAGUCAAAGUUCUGGGUACAAAUAAAGCCAAAGUUCUGGGUACAAAUAAAGCCAAAGUUCUGGUUACAAAUAAAGCCAAAGUUCUGGGUGCAAAUAAAGUCAAAGUUCUGGGUACAAAUAAAGCCAAAGUUCUGG